UCCCGUUUCCCAGGGUGCCGCUCCGUAGGUUCCGGCCUAGCCAUGGCCGCCGCCACCGCCUCUGCCCCCGCCCCGGCGGCCUCCGAGCCCGCGGGGAAGCCGCUGCAGGGCGCCAUGAAGCUGGCCAAGGGCGCCGUGGAGCUGGACGCCGCGGACCGGCCGCGGGAAGCCUACGUGGAAUACCUGAAGAGCAUCCACUACAUUUCCCAGGUCCUGCUGGAAGAGGCAACGGCAGUGGAAGCAGACGGGAGCGAUGUGACGCCCGACACCCCCAAGAUGCUGAAGGUGGCCGAGCAGUGCCUGGAGAGAGCCAAGAGCAGUGUGGCCAAACUUGCGAAAGCCAAGACGAAGCUGGUGGCAGAGCGGAUUUUGGGCCCCGCUCCUGCCUCUCGACACCGCAGGGUCUUCUCCGAUGAAGGUGGGAAGCUGUUGCCUUUCCUGCCCCCCGAGAUGUUCCAGAAGCUGCAAACUACAGAAGUGCAGAGUACCAAAAAGGAGCUCAGCCCGCUGGAAGAGGCAUCGCUGCAAAACCAGAAGCUGAAGGCUGCCUACGAGGCGCGGCUGGCACGGCUGAACCCCAACCAGGCCAUGCAGAAGACCUCUCUGACCCUCUCUCUACAACGUCAGAUGAUGGAGAACUUGGUGAUUGCCAAAGCACGGGAGGAGACACUGCAGCGGAAGAUGGAGGAGCGCCGCCUGCGGCUGCAGGAAGCAGCCAACAGGAGGUUCUCCAGCAACGCGGUGCUGACCCCGGAAGAGCAGGAGCAGCGGGCGAUCUACGCGGCCAUCUUGGAGUACGAACAGGAUCACGAGUGGCCGAGGUUGUGGAAGUCCCAGUUGAAGCGGAAACCCAGCGACCUCUCGCAGGUGCCAGAGCUGAUCUCCCACCUCCUUAGCUUCGCAGAUCACCCCAUCUGCCAGUUGCUGAAGAAGCUACAGUGCUCCGUCUACAGCCGCCUCUAUCCCCUCAUCAGCCGGAGCGCAGCCGACGUCCGGGUCUCCGGGAAGGUCUCCCGAGGCUUGUCCCUCUCGUCCUCGCUGGAGGCGGAGGCGAUCCUCUCGCCGGCUCCCGACGGGCGGAGGCGGCUGCGGCCCUCCCAGAGCCUCCACGCCAUGUUCUCCGUCCAGGAGAACAACCAGCUGAAUCUUCGCCGGAGUCUCUCCACCACCCCUUUCAUUGAGGACCAGAGUGUCGACGGCCGCCCCACCGGGCGGGAGAAAGACGAGCAGCUGCCCCCCUCCCCGGCCGAGAGGGAGAGCUCCUUUGAAGACCUGGAGCAGUUCUUGUCCGCCUCCGAAACCUGGCCUGGCCGCCCGGCCCGCGAGGCCCCGGCGAGGAGGAAGGCCUCUCCGCAGGAGCACCUCAAGGCCGUGGUGAAGGACAUUCACAAUGCCAUUGACAGGCUGCUCUCUCUAACACUCCUAGCCUUCGAGGGCCUCAACACGGCGGCUGCCAAGGACCAGUGCGUGGCGCGCCUCGAGGAGGCCUUCUUCGCCCCCCUGUGGGCCCCCCUCCUGGCCGUGUACAGGAAUGUCUACAAAGCCCGGGAAGCAGCGCUUGCCAAGUGCAUGGGGCUUCACAGGAACAUGCCCGCCCCGGAGAUCGGCAUCUCUUCCAAACUCCUCCCGCAGGGGAGCCUGCCGAGGGGAACCGGAUCUUACCCUUACUGCGCGGCCGUGCAGGAGCUGACGCUGAUUCCUCUCGGCACUUGUCCGCAGAAGAAGCUGGAGUGCAUUGUGCGGACCUUGCGCAUCAUCUGCGAAUGUGCCGAGGAGUACUGUGGGGGAAGCGAAGGGCGACCCCAGACGGCCGCGUCGGCCAUCGGCGCUGAUGACCUCCUUCCGAUCCUCUCCUACGUGGUCCUCAAAAGCAACCUGCCCCAGCUGGUCUCGGAGUGUGCGGCGCUGGAGGAGUUUAUCCACGAAGGGUAUCUGAUUGGGGAGGAGGGCUAUUGCCUGACCUCUCUGCAGAGCGCCCUCUCCUACGUGGAGUCCCUGCACAGGCCCGUCCUGGAGAAGGAGCUGAAAGCCCCGUCAUCGUCGGGUCGCCCGGAGGACUGACGUUCCCGCUGUCUCCCUCCUGCCCCUCCGCUCCUGGGUGGGGUGGAAGAGCAGGUGCUUCCCACCGAAGGAGGCUUCCGCCGCAGCCAUCACGACCUUCUCCCUUGCCUGCCCGAACGGAAACUUUGCUGGGGUCACAGGGCCUCCUCCUCCUCCUCCUCCGGCCGCACCAGACUCCUCUGUGAAAUAUGGGAAGCGGGUCCUCGCGGCCUUUCGGCUCCCCCCCAAAGGGCUGCAGGUGUGCUUGGCCCGCAGAGGGGCAGGGGGCGGCCCCACCUUGACUGUGAAGGAGGCUCGGUCUGGUCUCAGCGAGCCGGUCAUUGCUGCUGAAACUUUGCUUCCUGUGGCUUCUGCACCAG